CUGUUGUAGAUAAUGAAUUGAUGCUCUUGCUAAACCCCUUUCUUCUACUAGGUUUAUUUUUCUGCAAACUCAAUGUUGUUGAAUCUGUAGCUAAUUUUCAGCACAUUGAGUUUAAGGGGUUCAUUAGUGUAUAGGAGAUUUGUUAAGUUAUGGAGACAACAGUCUCUUAGCUAUGUCAAUAGGCUUCUAUGUGAGAAGCAACUUGUACUUGCUGUAAAGUAAGUUUCUCAUAAUUGAAAACAGUUUCUUUUAUGUCAAUAGGGUUCAUCUCGAAUUUUGUUAUUAAAAGACAAGAGACCAAAUUGAAUAUAAAGAAAAAUGAUGAAUGAUUAAAAGUAAAAUUUAGCCUAAAAUUAUUAAUAUGAUGUAAUGCACCUUGUUAUUUUUAUUAUUGUCAUGAAGUUUUCUGAUAUUAGGAAGAGGAGAUGCUGCGAGCAAUUACUUCAUAUACAGUGGAAGCGAAUGUUGUUGAUAAAUGGAUCAAGUUUCUAGAGAGCACAUGGGUCUUCCAAACUUCACUCACAAAGAGAAAGGAUGAGCAGGUCAAUGCUGAACUGGAGAGAUAUGGUUAUCAUUUUGUGAAUUUGGUGGUUCAUCUUCUGCAUUAUUAUAAGGAAAAAUUGUAUUCGUCUGUUACUGAAAUAAGAAUACUUGUGGAGAGUUUAAGAUUCAAACCAGGGUUAGCAAUGUCAUCAAUGGCAAACAUUGAAGGUUUGAAAUUAGCAAAGCCAAGGAAAAAGCUAGAAGAAGAAUACUUGGAUAUUGAAUCCAAGUUUUUGGCCAUUCUGAAUGUAGUGGACACAAUGAACAAGCAGUUUCACAUUCAAAAGGAAGGCAUUUUCAGAAAAGACAGCGACAAGGUGAAACAACUGUUUGAUGAUAUUGAGAAAAUAAAAGAGGAGUUUGAAUCUAUUGAGAGGCCAAAACUGGAACUUGAGAUUCCAACCGAAAGGUCAGAAACACCAUCAAGUCAAAUAAUCUCCAGAACUCCUUCUCCUCCCUCGGCUAAAAAACACAGGCAAGAUGGAACGAGACACUCUUUCUCACUGCCUGGAAGAUCACAAAUAGAAAUAGAACUUGAUAAAUUAAGUGAAGAUGACUCAUCAGAAGAGAUAAGUGACUGGGAGUUUGAUGCUCUUGACAAUGAUCGUCGCUCCAGGAGAUGAAUGAAAAAAUAUCAACCACUGAUGUUGUAAAAAGAAUGUAAUUGAAAAGGCAACAUUGUGCUGUGUCUUGGGAAGGCUGUGAUUUUGGCUUACCGCUACUCAGAUAACAGUAGUUCACUCAACAGAUGUAAAUGAAACAGCUUUGGUACACCAAUAGUUGUAUUUGUAUCAUAUUCAUCGUUUAUGAAAUGUACAUAGAUAUAUUCAACCAUGU